UCAUUUACUAUAGCAGCCAUCUUGUUAAAGUUUUAUUUUUAUAGACUUAUACCGCGAGAUUCAGGCGGAAGUCACUCUAUUUUACAAAUGGCUGCUGUUUAUAUAGCAAAUCUUGCUUGCAGACAAUGCUGUUUAAAGUUAAUUUCUGGCCUAUAUUGAUGUAAGUAAAAUCGUCCGAGGAAUGAAAUUGUUCCAUUAGAUCUACUAUCAAAUCCACAGAAAUCUACAAUAAAAACACCACAACAAAAUACUAGCAACUCUACAAGAAAAAAAAUCAAAUAAACAUAAAAGGAAUAAAAAACAAAAUGUUUGAACAAACAAUGUCAACGGAUUCGUAUGCUGUUAGUGAUGAUGGUAAAGAAGCAUUUGAAAUGUUUGUACACAAUCACAGUAGUCAGCUGCUGGGUUCAGGGAUUCCCCACAAGUAUUGGUACACUUUAUACUGGAAGCUGCUGCAAGAGGUGUAUGAUGCAGGAGACGUGUUUACAAUGCAGCAAGUUCUACAAGCUGAAGAUGAAACAUCCUGCCCUUAUUGGAGAGUCAUCAGCACCACUUGCCUAUCACUUGAGGAACCUCAACACAUCUACCUUAUUGACCAUGCCUGGACGUCGACCUGCAAGGAUGCUCAUGCUGCAUUGACCCUGGUGCCUGGCUUGGUGGAGAGAAUGGCUGAGCUGAUGGGUCUGGCCACAUCCCAGCUGACCAGAGAGGAAAUGAUAGACGGAGUUUUUCAAACCAUGUGGCUGUACAAUCAGACAUAUAGCUUUGGUCAUGUUAGCAGGGGUUCAGAUGAUUCCAUCCCAAAAUGGUAUAUCAUGGAUGAGUUUGGCAGUCGUGUCCGACACUCUGAUAGACCCACUGUUAGGAUAGCUCCCUUUUUUAAUGCUGACACAGGCCUGGCAUAUUCAGUCCUCUGGCCUAUCAGAGAGAUGGAAGAUGGAGAUGAAGUGACAAGAGACUACGUACAUGGUCAAGUCAGCCCUUCAGUCAGAGAGGUCAAGCUACUCCCCUGGUUCCCAGUUGACCUGACUUCAGUCUCCUUUGUCCAGAAGGAACCAGGUCAAGAAUAUUUCCAGAGUUACAGACACCAUGAGACCUUGCCUGAGAAGGAUUGGACAUUUGCUGGCUUGCCUGCAGAUAGAAGUUUGAAAGUUUUUAUAGAGUACCAAGCUUUUCACCCCCACCUGACCCAUCCAAGAUUUGAGCUAGUCCACAACCCUUCUGAUGCAGAUAUCCUGUGGUACACUUCACACUUUCAUCAGUUUCAAGAGCUGAGUGAAAGCAGGCCCAGCUGUUUGAUCAAUCAGUUCCCUUGUGAGAGUGUACUCACAGUCAAGGACAUGCUGGCCAUUGUGGCACGGCGAGCAGGUCAAGGUCAACCUUCUUGGCUGCCUGUGACCUACAAUCUUCAGACAGAAUUAAGACAAUUUGUCUCCUACUUCCAGUACAGGCAACACAGAAAUUUGGGAAACCACUGGAUCAUCAAACCCUGGAAUUUAGCUCGUGGCCUUGACACUUGGGUGACAAAAAACUUGAACCAAAUCAUUCGCCUGACAGAAUCUGGACCAAAGGUGGCAUGCAAGUACAUAGAACAGCCAGUCUUAUUCUACCGCCAGGACAUCCAGUCUAAGGUCAAGUUUGACAUCCGCUACCUUGUUUUCUUGACAGGAGUCAAGCCUCUUCGGUUAUAUGCAUACCAAGUCUUUUGGCUGAGAUUUGCAAACAAGCCCUACAGCCUGAGUGACCUGCAUGACUAUGAGAGACAUUUCACUGUGAUGAACUAUGUGGAGGGGGCUGAAACUAAGCUCAAGCAGGUGCACUAUCAUGAAUUCAUCCCACAGUUUGAGGAACAAAACCCUGGAUAUAAGUGGCAAGACGUACAGACCAAAAUCUUGCAGAUGUUCAAAGAACUGUUUGAAGCAGCCACAUCUGAGCCCGCACCUUGUGGCAUAGCUCCGUCCCCCCAGUCCCGGGCCAUGUAUGCUGUUGAUCUCAUGCUGGAGUGGGAGACCACAGCAGCAGGUGAUCAGACCAUUGAGCCAAAGAUUUGUGAAGUCAAUUUUAGUCCAGACUGUGCCCGAGCUUGUAAAUACCACCCAUCUUUUGUCAAUGAUGUCUUCAGUGUACUGUUCCUUGGCGACACCCACCAGAAACAUGUGAUUGAGUUGUGAUUCAUCGUUUCAAUGGAAGAUGCGAGUUGUCUGUCUUGUGAAAAAAAGAAUGACACUAAAGAACAUUCAAAUUCUCUCA